AUGCAGGUCUCAACAGUCUACCGCGCUCUCCUCCUCUCAGCCAAUCCCUUAUUCGUGCGCGCAAUCUCAUCCUCUCAGCAAAGCACUCGCCUCUACAGCAUCCUCUUCCCACAGUGCCCAAGCUAUAAAACCCACACCAGCCCAGCCUUCCAAAUCCGCACCAUGAGCGAAUUCCCACCCUCCGACUCAUCCUCCCCAGCCAACACCACAAAGACCCCACCAACCGACCAACCUCACUCCCAAUCAGAGCCUACCAGAAUCCCCGAACAGAUGUACCUCCCAGAAAGCGCAUCCGCAGACAACGUGCAAGGUUCCGACUCAGGCGGAAUAAAGCUCGACAUGAGCACCGGCGGAACGGAAAUGAAACUAGACCACCUGGGACCGAUGGUGGUCAACACCGACGGAACAUUAUCGCAGAUCGGAAACUGGCAACAGAUGAGUGAGAUCGAGCAGAAGAAUACACUGCGGAUUAUCAGCAAGCGCAACAAGUCAAGGCUGGCGGCUUUGAAGGCGAAGGAAGAUGCCAGUGGAAGUGGAAACAGCCCUGAGAAUGCAUAG